AUGGCGUUGAAGGCGAUGCCGAACGGCGACGAAGACACUCCUGAUGAAAUCUAUGUGGACAGCGAAGACGGUGGUUACAUCGAAGUACAUGGUGGAGAUGGAUGUAGGUCAUAUGUCGGGAAAAUACCUCUCCCUUCAGGAUAUAGUAUGCCGCAGAACAUCACACUUGGUCGAAAGUGUGAAACGAUCGGUACCGCUGCGCACGAGCUUGCUCAUGCUCUUGGACUCAUUCACACUCACGAAAGACCUGACCGUGACGACUAUAUCACAGUGAACGAGUCAAAUAUUGAAAAGGGUACCAGAACCAAUUCAAAAAGAAGUCCAAUAGAAGCAAUGCCAACUAUA